AUGGCUACUUCCCAUGUGGACAAGUUUGCCAAAGUGAGGGGUACAACAGAAGCUAAAGAGAUCGCUCAGACAGUCGAUCAGGCCAUCAGUGGAGACUUCAUGGGGCGGUUUAUUGUCCAGCCCAGUGGUAAUGGAGAGCAGAACAUGAUGUAUAUGACUCUACCUGUCAUUGCCACUCAUUAUCUGGACAGCACCAGUCAGUGGGAGACGGUUGGCAUCGAGCGCCGCAAUGAAGCUGUUAACUAUAUCAACACAGGUUAUCAGCGGCAGCUGGGUUACCGUAAAUCAGAUGGAUCCUACGCUGCAUGGACAAACAGACCGAGCAGCACAUGGUUGACAGCAUAUGUGGUCAAAGUCUUCAGCAUGGCCUAUGACUCUGCUUUUAUAGAGGAAGAUAUGCUCUGCAGCGCCCUCAAGUGGCUGAUUCUUCACAAACAAACACAAGACGGCUCCUUUAAAGAGGAUUCAGCUGUCAUUCAGGGAGAGAUCCAGGGUGACAUACAAAGCAAAGACGCUGAUGCCUCUCUGACAGCUUUUGUUGUGAUUGCUAUGCAAGAGGCCAGAGAGAUCUGUGCUGGAUCAUUUGCUGUAAGUGAAUUAGUUUCACCACGUGCAGGUUUGGUGCUUCAUUGGCCACAUGCUCUCUGA